AUGAAACAAAUAGUCAUACUCUUUGUUUUGAUAUUAUUCACAACAGCUUCCAGUGGUAACUAACUUAAUAUAAAUUGUAGAUCUACUAAAGUCAAUAUCUAAAUUUGCUGAUGAUGGAGAUAAUUCUUCCAAAUUUGCCAAAAGUAAAGUUUCUCCAUUUUCCGAAGAAGAAUCAGAAGAUUAUGAUAACGAAGAUACUGAACCCUCAAAGAAAAUGACACCUAAUUCUUCUUAAGAUGAUGAUGAUGAAGAAGUUGAUGUUAUGGCUUAAUUGAAAAGUUAUUAACAGAAACUUUCUACAAGCAAAGAUGUUAAGCCACCAUAACCAUAAAAGAAAUAGGUUCAAGUAAUAUCUGAAUCAGAAUCUGAAUAUGAUGAUGAAGAUGACAGUGGUAAUAUGUGGAGUAGAGGAAUAUCAAAAAAAUUAGCUUAAACUGAAUCUAAACCAUUAGUAUUACCAAUAUAAACAGCUAAAGAAUAAAUAAAGAACGAUUUCAAUCAAUUUACAAGUUUAAAAAUGCCUGAAGUACAAUAAAGACCUUAAGAAACUAAAAUACAAGAUUAAACUUAAAAAGUAUAAGAUGAUUAAGGAAAAGAACAUUCAGCUGAUUUUGAAAAAAUGAAAUAAGCUUAAUUAGAAAAAUAUAGUAAAAGAUUUCAUCUUGAUGAACCUAAAGAAUCUAAAAGUAUGUAUGAAGAUGAUAGUUUGAAAGAAUUUAUGCCAAAAAUCAAUUUUCAACCUAUUAACAUAUAAGAGACUAAAACUUCAUAAUAAAUCUAAUAAAAUCCAGAAAAAAAAUAAGUAAAUAAAUAUGAUGAAUUAGAAAGUGAAAGUGAUGAAGAAGAUGAUAUUUUAGAAAUUAAUAAUAAGAAUUCAUAAUCAAAUAAAAACAAUAAUAAAAAUUCUAAUGAUUUAUAGUCUACUUCAGAUGCAUUUGAUUUCUUUAAUCAAAAUAAACAAUAAUAAAAGUCAAAUAAAAAAAGUUAAAAAAUUGAAUAAUCAGAGUCUGAAGAUGAGGAUAGUGAAACAGAAUAAGAAGAUGAAGAAGAUGAAGAUUAUGUUUAGUAAGUGAAGAAAAAUAAAAAAUAAAAGGAUGAUAGAGAAGAAUAAAAAAGAAAAUAACAAUAACUUUAAUAAUAAUAGGAAGAAGAGGAAGAAUAAAGAAGAUAAAUGUUGAAAAAAUAAAAAGAAUAAUAAAUUUAAUAAGAGGAAUUAAGAAAAAAAUAAGAAGAGGAAGAGAGAUUGUAAGAACUAUCCAAACAAUAAAAAGUAAAAAGAGAUAUUGAUGAUGAUUAAAUUACAUAAAAGAAAAAAUAAAAAAAAUAAAAAAAACAAUUAAGUUUAGAAGAGUUUUAAUAAUCUUUAAAAUUAGAUGAAGAAUAACCUUAAUUAACAUCUUUUGCAUAAAAGGAAGCUAAAGAAAAAGCAAUUUUAGAAUAAAAGACAUUUACAUUAGUAAAAGAAACUCCAUAAUAAAUUUAAGAAUAAAAAGUAUUUAAAUUAUAAGCAAUUCCUAAAAAACAAUAAUAAUUUAUUCAAGAAGAAGAAUCUGAAUUAGAAUCAGAAAGUGAUAAUGAUGAAGAAUUUGAUACUCCAAAAUCAAUAAAUUGCUUUGAAAGUAAGAACAAAUUUAUAUAAUAAAUCUGUUAAUUAUGUUAAACUAAAGUUGCUUAUUAGGUUAAUUAAUAGAAUUGGUAGAAGAUUGGAAUAAAUGAAGGUUUCAGGUAUUUAUUAAAAAUUGUAUCAUAUAUCUUAGGAAUUUAGGCAAUCCUUUGAGCCGCUGAUCGAGUUCACUUUCAAAAGCAUAGGUGAAAUUGGAUCAUAUUAUUUAAGUUUUAAAGAUCACACUGUCUGUUUAAGUGCUGAAAAUUUAUCUAAAAUUGUACAAUAUCUUUAUAAAUAUAUAGACUAAUGUUGAUAAAGUAUUAAAGCAUUUCACUGGAAAUUAAUUAGCUGAUUACAAUUCCCCAGUUGAUAUUCCAGCUAAAAGUUAACCGAUUAACUUUUUAUUGAGUGCAGAAUAUGGUAAGCAAUAGAGAAUAAAAUUAGAUUCUUUAUUAAAUGGAUUUUCAUGCAGAAGAUUUUAAAUUGCUAUUAAAACAGAUUUAAAAUAUAAAUUGAGUAAGAAAAAUGAUAUUAAUGUUAAGUAGAUAAUCUUUUAUAAAAAUAAAGUAAAAAAUAAUAUAAAUUAAUAGUUAAAAUUAAAAUAUAUUGGUUUAAUUUAAAUAAAUGGUGUUGUCCAUCAAGCCAGUUUUGAUUAGGAAGAAGGAGGAGAAGCCACUAAUUUAAUUGUUACUCAAUUGAAUUUGCCUAAAGAAUAAGGAGUAAUAGCUAGUUUGGUUGAUAAAUAUAUUGAUAACAAUUUUGUUGCAGAUAUGCUACAAAAAUCAGGUAAUCUUUUCUUUUUAAAUUUUUAGAAUAAAUGAUGGCUGAUUUAUAGAUCUAGACACAUAUUAAAAAUGAUGAUAUAGGACUCACAUUUAAUUUAAGAAAGAGAAAGGGAAAAUGA